AUGGCUGAGAUCAUCCCAUUUUCCGUAAUCCACUGCACCUCAGAGAUCGCCUCCAAGGUCGAGAUCCGGGUCGCCGAGGACGCCGCGGCCCCCGCCUGGCGGAGCCUGGGCUUCCUGUCCUUCAGCCCCAACGACCGCAGCGGGCACGCCGCGCGCGAGAUGAAGAGCGUCGCCCUGCCCGGCCCCCCCGCCCACCUCGUCCAGCUCAUCUUCCACGGCUGGCACCCCAACGCCCUCAAUGCCCAUGGCCAGGUGGGGCUGGUGUCCCUUGCCGUCAGCGGCGAGGCGCUGCCCGGGCAGCCACCGCCCAGCCCGGCGCGCUCCCCCGUGGUCAAACGCGGCGCGCCGGGGACCCCGCCCCGCGCCGCGCCGGGCGAGUCCAGGCUGCCUCCCCCGCCGGGGAUCCACGGCGGCGCGGUCGGGCCGCCCGCCGCCCGCGAGGCACAGUCGACGCCCACCAGGCUGGCGACCGGCUUUGCGGGCGGGGCGCCGGCGGCAGCACGGCCAGCCCGUCCCCAAAUCGCGGCCGAUCCAUGCUCGCCGUCGCGCGCGGACUCGACGGGCACGCAGGCACGCACUCUGGCGGUCGGGCGCAGGACCCCCGACGCGAGGGUGGACCCGGUGACGGCCGCCCAGAUUGACACACUGCAGCGUCAGAAGGCUGCCGCCGUCGAGGCGGAGGACUACGACGAGGCCAAGCGCCUGAAGAGCGCCAUAGACCGCCUCUGCUCCCUCGGAGCCAGGAUCGCCGGGCUGGAGGCCAGGAAGGCGGCGGCCGUGGCCGCCGAGGACUACGACCUCGCCAAAGAAAUCAAGGCGGAGGUGGAAAGGAUGAGCAGGGAAAGGGCCGCGGAGACCAGCCUCGGUGACGAGGGUUCGAGCGGAGACCUGGGCCCCGGUUCGAGUGGGGCGAGGCCAGCCCCGGGCGAGCGUGGGGACGGGGAGGGCCGCACCUCGGCCUCCACUUUGUGGGCAGAGCACCCGCCGCCCCCGGGGUUCCCUGUUGAUCUGCCACUCCCGGAGCCGCUCUCUGCGGCAGCGGCCAAGGAUGCCGACGAGCUGUGGCUGGAGGCCGGGGCAGGCCGGGCGCCGGGCCUGCUCGCCGACCCAGACAACUUUGGGUUGCUGGCCCGCACGCUCAGCGCUGCUCUGCACGACAGAGUGGCGGCCGCCUACCUCGCCGCCCUGCCUGCCCUGCUGCUCCUGGCCCAGUGCCAGGGCCUCCCCCGCGGCCGCGUCGUCUCAGGCCUCACCGACGCGGUGGCCGUACUGGUAGAAAAGUCCGGUGACCUGAAUGCACGCGUGGCUGAGGCCUCCACUGGCACCCUGCUGGCGCUGGCGCUUUGCGCUUUCCUGGCGCCGGCGCUGGGCCACACGGCGGGCGAGGUCCGCUCCGCCGCCGUCGAUCUCUGUGUGCUGGUCGGAGAGGUCGCAGGUCCGGGAAUCUUCGCGCACCUGCUGCCCUCCAACCUCAACCCGAAGCUGAGGGAGGCGGUGCUCAGCGGGGGAAACGCGACCAGCCCCUCCCGCCGUGCCUCGACGCAGACGGAGGCGGCCAGGGACGGCGCGCGCGCCUCGCCAGCGAUGCCUGCCGGCGGACGCAGGGGCCCGCCGGAGCCAGGCGGGACCGCCAGCCCGCUGGGGAGCGAGGCGAGCAGCCCCAGCAUCCGCGCGGGCGGCGCCGACGAUGACGACGCCGCGCUGUUCGCCGCCGAGCUGGCGGCGCGCGAGGCGCGGCUCGGCCCCGCCCACCCGGAGGUGGCCGACGCGCUUUCCAACCUGGCCAUAAGGGGCGAGACGUCGCUGGCACUGCCGCUGUACCAACGGGCGCUGCGCAUCUGGGAGGGCGCGCUGGGGCCGGACCACCCAGAGGUGGCGCAUGCGCUCACCGACAUUGCAGUCAUCUUCCUGGAACGGGGCGAGGACGCCAAGGGUAGGCCCCUGCUGGCCCGUGCCCUGGCCAUCCAGGAGCUGGAGCUGGGACCUGCGCACCCAGACGUCGUCGCCAUCCGGGAGGUGCUGGAGGAAAGCGCGGCAGCAUGA